ACAAAAAGACAUUCUGCACUGAACAUACCCGUCAAAAUACGGAGCAGAAAGACAAAUCCAAGCCCGGAAAUUUGUUGAAAGAACAUUUUCCCUUAUCUGAGUGAAAUCUGGACAGCAUUCACCACUCGCUUUUGUUCCUCGCGCGCGAUAUAGCAUACAACGCCCUGGACACGAUGACGACAUACAUUCCCAGCAUAACCAUUCCUGACUUCAUCUUGUCACGGCCAGCGGCUGCGGUGCUACUCCCGUUGGCGUUAGGAAAUGUAGUCGGAGCAGCAACCAGACCGGACAGGACUCAAAAGCAGUACAUGGCGCUGAAGCAACCGCCAUUCAACCCACCUGCGUGGGUGUUUGCACCUGUAUGGACUGCUUUGUACGCUGGGAUGGGCUAUGCGUCGUACCGAGCGUGGAAGGCAGGCAACAGCUCGUUUCUAGGGACGCAAACAUUCGACCUUGCCAAGUACGAGGCCUCGAGGCUUGGAUCUACUCUUUACACAAUACAAUUGGGUUUGAAUUUGAUCUGGAUGCCACUCUUCUUUGGCUUUCAGCGGCCUAUCGAAGCUACGGUCGACAUUGUCGCGCUUCUAGGAACGACGGGUUAUCUGACUUAUGUGUGGAGUGGAGUUGACGAAGUAGCGUCCUACAUCAUGUAUCCGUACCUCGCGUGGCUAGGGUUUGCUACGUAUUUGAGUGCUGGUUGCGGCUAUCUGAACGGGUGGGACUUCAAGAAGACCAAGGCGACCCAGCCGAAGCAGACUUAACUAUAGCAAUAGAGUGGAGCUUGGCGGCAAUCAAUCUUUACUCUCAAUCAACAGCCUAAAGGAGUGUUCUUGCGAAACCAGCUCUGCAAGCGUUUCUAAUCUAAACUGCAGGAUACGAAUGGCGGUGGAGCCCAUAAUCGAAGAUGCAUAGUGUAGAGGUGUGUGUCAAGAUCGUCUUGUAUCUAAAAUUUCAGUUAGGGCGAGGAAAGUUUUAAUCUUGUGAUUGCGCAGCCUGGAGAAAUGUCAUACGUGCGAGAAGAACGGAGUUAGAGGCCUGAUGGGCUGCAAGGAGAAUCGUAAGAAUCGUUGGUCGAUAUGCAGUCGUAAGCUGCAAGCGUGACCUGGACAUGAAUAAUUGCUCUUGGCGCGUGACAUGCCGAAUGUGUGAACACUCAAGGCAUCAUCAUUUCUCCUGGGGAUCAGUUUGAGCAUUUAUGGACAGCAAGGGCAUAUUUUCCUCGUGUGGACAUGCCGGGAGCUAUUGGAAAGGCCAAGGCAUUCAUCCAGACAACGGCAGCGUCGAAGUGCGGGAUAAAGCAUGAGAUAUCGCCCUCCAUAUGUGAACCUGCAGUAGCGUGCAUAUGCAACUCCUGCCUUGUCG